CAGUUCUUUCUGAAGAACACACAUCUAGAUUAUUAGGUCAACAAAGGCUUUAUCUAAAUGUUGAUUUAGAAGAUAAUAAGAGCAGUUUUAUUAAAAAUUUUCAAAAGUCCUAUCUGAAGUUUUAUUUCGUAUUUUAUCUGAAAAAGCAGUGUUUUACAAAGUUAAAGAAACUAUUUGAUCAUAUGAAGUGUAAUUUGAAGGAGCCAGAUGAACGGAAUGAUAUAUUUGGAAACAUUUACCAAGAACUUCAGGAAUAUCCUAAUGAAGAUGUAGAUAAAAAUUUUAUAAAUACAUCCAAAUUAUCAAAGGUGGUGCAAAAAUAUUGA